AUGCCGGUCUUCACAAUCGUCCAUCGAGUCCUUCCACCACUACUCUGGAAACGACGAAGUCUAAAAGGCAAAUCCCGUGAAAUCAUCAACGAAAAGAAUCCCUCUUCCAUCACUCCACAUCAUGAAACAAUCAAUGAAACAAUCAUGCACCGUGACGUCCACACCCACGUGCACAUAGCGGUGAACACCAAAACCCUGGAAAAUACAGCGGAUUCAACAUCCGAGAGCCGACGCUAUUCCUCUCGGCCUACACAGGCCCAGCUCGCUCGCGCUGUGAGUUGGGCCAGUAUCCGCAGUCGGGAUCGAUGGACAGAAGAGCAAGAGAAGGAACUUCUGCGCGCGCAGAGACAGUUAGGUAGAUGUCAGAAAGCGUGGAGUUCCGAGCAGGAGGUUUGGUUAUCCUAUGUCCAGGCACUUAGCGAGGAAAAAGAAGCCCAUGCAGGAUUCUUGUCUAUGCGACAUAGACAAGAAACGGAGGAACAGCACCAGUUCCGUAAGGCGUGGAAACGACGACGAUCUUCGUCUGAUGAGGAGUCUGCAGGCGAGACAGUCAACCGAAUAGGAAAAUUGCGUCGGCUGCAGCGGUCUGUAUCUUCAUCCGGACGGUUGGGCAUGGGAUCGGCGGUUUUGGCAGUGGAGGCGUAG